GCCAAUCUUUUGACGUUUAUCGUUUUGGCUCUGCCACUCUGAUCUUUUUAUUUAAUACAUUUCUUUUUUUUAAAGGCUUGGUCUGGUCGUUCCUGUUUUUGUCAUAAUGGCAACUAAAGUUAAAAGACCCAAGGUCGAUGACAGCUCAGACUUUAUUCCCAUACAGAGGUUUCUAAAGUGGUGUGACGGCGUCGGCUUGGUACUCAACAGUAAGGUGUACGUGAGCAAAGAGGGAACUGUGGCAGAAUAUGGGAUGAUGGCGAAGGAUGACAUUGAGGAAGGGGAGGUUUUAUUCACCAUCCCCAGAUCAGCUCUUCUCCACCAGGGAACUAGUAAAGUCUCAGCUCUGCUGGAACAAGAGAAGGCAGCUCUUCAGACCUCUUCAGGCUGGGUUCCCUUGCUGCUGGCUCUGCUGUAUGAGUAUACAUCCUCACAGUCUCACUGGAGACCUUACCUCUCUCUCUGGACUAACUUCAAGACACUGGACCACCCCAUGUUCUGGUCAAAAGAGGAGAGAGACACGUUGUUGAGGGGGACCGGUAUUCCUGAGGCUGUGGACAAAGACUUGGCAAACAUACAGAGAGAGUACGCAAAUGUGGUCCUGCCCAUUAUCACCAAGCACUCUGACCUGUGGAACCCUGAAACGCAUACCCUGGAUCUUUACAAGCAGCUGGUGGCCUUUGUCAUGGCCUACAGUUUCCAGGAGCCAUGUGAAGAAGACUGUGAGGAGGAAGAUGAUGAGGAUGAAGAGAAGGCUCCCAGCCCACCGAUGAUGGUUCCCAUGGCCGACAUGCUCAACCACGUGUCCGACCACAAUGCUAACUUGGAAUUUACACCAAACAGUCUGAAGAUGGUUUGCAUGCGAUCAAUCCGUAAAGGCGGGGAGGUGUUUAAUACCUACGGACAGAUAGCCAACUGGCAGUUGCUGCAUAUGUAUGGCUUUACAGAGCCUUAUCCAAGCAACAACGACACUGUCGACAUCCCCUUCAACAACCUCUACAAAAUCGUGAAACAAAAAGGUAUUCAGUCUGAUUUGGAUAGGCAGCAGAUGGAUGAGGUUUGGGAAACACUUUGUCACAUGAUGGAAGGCAAAGACGCCUUUGUUUUCGGGAAACAGGGCUGCCUGACAGACACUGAGCUCCAUACCAUGCUUAAGCUGCUGUGUAUGUCAUAUAAGGAGUUCUUGGAGUUUAAAGAAAACGAAGGAUGGGAAGAUGAUGAUGAUGAUGAGCAGAAGAUUGCCCUUGCUUUCUCCUUUGAAGGUCUCCCUGGAUUAAAAGCAUCAUGGAAGCAUCUGAUCCAUGAAACUGCUCGCCUGACUUUGAAUUCCUACAGAGAGGAGGGGUGGGACGAGAAGGACGCGGCUGUGGACAGUGACCAGGUGCUCAUAGAGGAUGAAGCAGCAUAUGCAGAACUGAGCAGCAGGCAGCAGCGUGCGCUGCAGGUGCGCUAUGGCCAGAAGAGGAUCCUGUACAGAGUGAUGGAGGUCACAGCAUCAUGAGACCUACUGUGCUUUUUGAUGCAAAUGUAAUGUUGCAGAUUAAGUGUUUUGAUAGAUUUUUACAAGCAUCACCACUGAUCUUAAUCAUGUGCUUUGUUGCAGCCACUGUUAUAAUUGUCACAGUUGUAAUAAAUAAUGACUAUAUUACAAAAGUGGAUAAUCUUCU